AUGCUGGAUGACAUUCCGAUUGGAUACCACGACUCAAAUGACAACAAGCCUAUGAACAGAGAUGUGAAUGGCACGGAGAGAACACCUGAUGUCAAAGACCUGGCAUAUAUUCCUCAGGUGGAAUUCAACUACAGACUUAUGAAAAAUAGGGUCUCUUAUCUGAAGCAGAUUCUGAACCACACAAACAGUGUCCAUGUUCUACAGAGAGCUACUGGAUGUCAGUUGCAGGGAAAUGACGGCAUAGGAAUCAGCAAAGACGCAUUCAACGGGGAGGCUGGAGAUGUCCGCUAUUACAAUUCACAAUCUGACAGCCUUCAUACUGCCCGGGUGUGGCCAGAGGCAGUGGACAGUAUGUGGUCUGGGGGUGUGCACAUAGCUUACUCAGUCUUCUAUCCCCACUGCAUUAAACGCCUGAAGAAUUACCUGGCCAAAGAGAAGAACCGUGUUCUUAAAAGGAUGAAGCCCAGAGUCAGGCUCCUCCAGAAGACACUCCCAGACUCUGGAGGGGCCAAAGUGACCUGCCUGGCCACUGGUUUCUACCCCCGUCAUAUCAACCUGACCCUGCUCAGAGACGGCCAGCCUGUGUCUGACCACCAGGUCACUGGGGGGGAGCUGCUACCUAAUGGAGAUGAGACGUACCAGAUGAGGAAGAGCCUGGAGGUCAGCACAGAGGAACUACAACAUCACCACUACACCUGCACAGCUGAACACCUCAGCCUGGACAACAAGCUGGACAUCAGUUUAGACGCCUGA